AUGGGGAAAGUAUUUGAUGCUGCCGAAGUGGCCAAACACAACAACAGCAAGAGCUGUUGGGUCAUUCUAUAUGGCAAGGUGUACGAUGUGACCGACUUUGUGGCUGAACACCCCGGAGGUGCAAAUGUCAUCCUCAGGCUAGCAGGCAAAGAUGCGACUGAAAAAUUCGAUCCUGUUCACCCGGCGGGUACUCUGGAAGACAAUCUGAAGCCCGAGUCACUUCUUGGUACCGUUGACCUAAAGACCCUACCUAAGAAUGAGUCAUCAUCCACAGCUUUACAGAAAGUCGAUGACCACCCCUCUGUCAACACGCUUUUAAAUAUGGACGAAAUCGAAGCAUUGGCCACAGCGAAGCUCAGCAAGAAGGCAUGGGCGUACUACUACUCUGCUGCCGACGACCUGAUCUCCAAGCGAUUCAAUACGGAAGCAUUCCGCUCCAUUCUACUCCGCCCAAGAAUCUUCAUUGACUGCGCAAAAUGCAGUCUUGAGACAAAACUACUUGGCAACGACGUCUCAAUGCCUAUAUACGUCUCCCCAGCAGCCCAAGCACGUCUGGGUCAUCCAUCCGGCGAAGCAGGAAUUGCCGAGGCAUGUCGCAGCUUUGGCGCGUUACAGAUCAUCUCCCACAGCGCCUCGAUGACACCGGAAGAGAUUGUUGCCAAUGCGUCCCCGGAGCAGGUAUUCGGCUGGCAGCUAUAUGUGCAAGAGGAUCGAACAAAAAGUGAGCGCUUGAUUGCUCGGGUCAACAAACUGGCUGCUAUCAAGUUCUUGGUUUUAACGCUAGAUACGCCGGUGAUGGGCAAGCGGGAAGACGACCAACGUGGCGGUAAUGUGAUUGAUGAGAUUACCACUGAAGAUCUGGGAACCCCGGAAGAAGCGGCAAAAGCUCGAGAGAAGAAGGUUUUCGCUGGGAUGGAUCCCACUCUGACAUGGACGGAGACGCUGGGAUGGUUGGCAAAACACACCAGUCUUCCUAUUAUUCUUAAGGGUGUUCAGACUCAUGAGGAUGCCUACAUCGCUUCUUUGCAUAGACCCCAAGUGAAGGCCAUAAUUCUGUCAAAUCAUGGCGGCAGGUCUCUGGACACUUCUCCCCCGGUCGUGCACACCCUUCUUGAAAUGCGAAAAUACUGCCCCGAAGUCUUCGACAAACUGGAAGUCUGGGUUGAUGGAGGAAUAAGGAGAGGUACCGACGUGGUCAAGGCGAUUUGCCUAGGUGCUAAGGGCGUCGGUAUUGGGCGACCUGCCUUAUUUGGUUUAUCUGCUGGGGGGGUUGAUGGUGUGAAGAGAGUGCUGCAGAUCCUAGCCGAUGAGACCAAGACUUGUAUGAGACUCCUGGGCGUGGAGAGGGUCGACCAACUUGGAAUGCAACAUAUCAAUACCCGGCUAGUAGAACAACAGAUCUUUGAUGGGCCAUCUAACCUUGCAGCUUGUCGGGCAGCUCACUUGUCCAAGCUUUAG